GUUAACCCUAAUUUCUCCAACAACUCUCCUCGUAUUUAAACAAACGCCUCUCUACAGCAUUCCCGAACCAACAACAAUCCUCUUGAGUUUUCGAUUCCUCUCGUCUUCGACCUUCUCCUCGUCUUAAGAACAGAGUUUCGUCACAGGAUCCGACUUUUCGAAGCUUCUUUUAUGUCUGACAAGAUUUCUCCGUUUUGCUUUCGAUCUGGUUGCUUGGCAAGUACUGUGCUACAUCCAGAAUUAAGGACUACAAGUUCCUCCAUAACCAUAGGCUCACGCAUCUUCAAGCCGGAGACUCCUUUGAAGACUGUCGCUCAGCUUCCCGAAACUCACAAGAUGGCGAUGCAGAACAUUGGUGCGUCGAACCGUGACGAUGCCUUUUACAGGUACAAGAUGCCAAAGAUGCUUACCAAGACUGAAGGCAAAGGUAAUGGCAUCAAGACCAACAUUGUGAACAAUGUUGAUAUUGCGAAAGCCUUGGGCAGGCCUGCUUCUUACACGACCAAGUACUUUGGUUGCGAGCUCGGUGCUCAGUCCAAGUUCGACGAGAAGACUGGGACGUCGCUUGUGAAUGGAGCACACAGCACGGCAAAGCUCGCGGCGCUUCUGGAGUCUUUUAUCAAGAGGUAUGUGCAGUGCUAUGGAUGUGGCAACCCUGAGACUGAUAUCAUUAUCACCAAAGCGCAGUUGAUCAACCUUAAGUGUGCUGCUUGCGGGUUUAUCUCUGCGGUUGACAUGAGGGACAAGUUGACGACUUUCAUUCUGAAGAACCCACCAGAGUCGAAGAAGGGCUCAAAGGACAAGAAGGCUAUGAGGAGGGCUGAGAAGGAGAGGCUCAAAGAAGGGGAAGCAGCCGAUGAGGAGCAGAGAAAGCUGAAGAAGGAAGCUAAGAAGAAAGCUUCUUCUAACGGGAAGGAAGAAGAGAAGAAGGCGGCGCACAAAAGCAAAACGAAUGGCGAUGUGAAAGCUGAGAAACCCAAGGAAGAGAAGAAGCUCGUGCAGGAGAUGAAAGAGUAUCUGAAGAAAGGUUCACCGAUAAGCGAGCUCAAAACUUUCAUCUCUUCCCUCUCUGCGCAUCCUCCUCAAGACGUCAUGGACGCACUCUUCAAUGCGCUCUUUGAUGGUGUGGGCAAAGGAUUUGCAAAAGAAGUGACGAAGAAGAAGAAUUACUUGGUGGCUGCAACGCAAGAGGAUGGAUCACAGAUGCUUCUGCUCAGUUCAAUCGAAUCAUUCUGCGGGAAGAAUGGAAACGGAGAAGCGGCUAAAGAGGUGGCUCUGGUUCUGAAAGCAUUGUACGAUGAAGACAUCAUUGAGGAAGACUUUGUUUUGGAGUGGUACCAAAAGGGUCUAACCGGAGUCGACAAAAGCUCGCCGGUUUGGAAGAAUGUGAAGCCUUUUGUCGAGUGGCUCCAGAGCGCUGAGUCCGAGUCCGAAGAGGAGGAUUGA